UGUGAACAGGACGUUGUUGAUACGUGUGCAGUGCCCGCGAGUUGGCUCAGUCAACUGUCGGCUGCGUUAUGACAUUUGGUUAAAAUCCGAUUAUCUUUUUAGAAUAACAUAAGUAAAUAGUUAAUUAUGGAUGUGGAUAUUCGUGUGAUGCCAAAUAAGAGUGAAGCAGACCUAACUCCAGAAGAAAAAUGGAGGGUGGAGCAUAUAAAAAUGCACGAGAAGCAUCGAGGGCACGAAUCCAUGCACGUGGAAAUGCUAGCCAUCUUGCUCAUCACUCUAAUUGUUGCACAGAUUGUCCUAGUUGAAUGGAAGAAAAGACAUUACAGAUCCUUUCAGAUGAGUACAUUAGUUGCUAUGUGGGUUAUUCCAUUUGUAGUAUGCAUACGAAAUCAAUGGUGGAGAUUCAUUUUCCUAUGGCAUGUAUUCUCAUGCAUAACUGUUCUUGUUGUUAGAAAGGCCUUGCAGCGACCUAUACAAGGCACUACUCCUAGAUUAGUGUACAAAUGGUUCUAUUUUAUUUACAAAAUGAGCUAUACUCUGGGUAUUAUUGGCUACAUUAUAAUAUUAGCCACGUUCUUUGGGCUUAAUUUAAUUUUUGACGUAAAGCCUCAUAUAUGGAUGGACUGUGGUUUACUGUUCGUAUUUUAUGGUCUCUAUUUUGGUGUACUAGGCAGAGACAUAGCGGAAAUUUGCGCUGACAAAAUGGCAUCGCAUAUUGGGUAUUAUGCACCAGGUAGUAUGCCUACCAGGACACUUGAAACAGGAGUCUGUGCAGUAUGCGGAAAUCGACUUUUGGUCUCUGAAAAUGAGGAGGGAGUUAUAGAAAAUACCUAUAAGUUAAGCUGCGAUCACGUAUUCCACGAAUUUUGCAUCAGGGGAUGGUGUAUUGUGGGUAAAAAGCAGACAUGUCCGUACUGCAAAGAGAAAGUGGACCUCAAGAAGAUGUUUUGUAGUCCAUGGGAGCGACCUCAUGUCCUGUAUGGGCAAUUAUUGGAUUGGAUCAGGUGGCUGGUGGCCUGGCAGCCGUUAAUCGUAUUUCUAGUUCAAGGAAUACAUUGGGCAUUAGGACUCGAGUAAGUAGCAUUGUCGUUUCAUCGUUACGCGCAAUGUGCUCGACAACAAAUAAUCCUGCGUGUUUCACCUGAUUUGAAUGUCAACUCGAUUAUAAGUAUCUACCGAAUAACACUGUGUUUGUACGUUUGUAUAUAAUAUAAUUGAUGAUUCUAUGCAACGUUCACAGUGACAUUUGAAUCUAGACAGCGUCUUUAAUUUCAUCUUUCAAAUGAUAAUCAUGUUAUUCAAUAUUUUCAGUAUCGCUAUUACACUGUAUUAUGGGAUUCUAUUUCCACUCGAUUUUUGCACCGUAUUUUCAUUAUAGCAUAGAUUAUGUAUCUAGAAAAUCGAGGUAUAAUCGCAAGUGAACACGAAAAUUAUUUGCUCACAGUUGCAGAUAAUUACUUUUGUGGUUGUGAAGAAUUGAAUGGUUUGCACAUCACAAAUGUUGUGUGGCGAAUUCUAAUCAAUAAGGCUAUUGAGUAAUUAUAUAGAUCCAUUCAUCAUUGGAACAUUCUUUAUUUUUUUGCGAUAUCGACCAAUAGAACUUUUAAUUUGUUCAUCCAAGCAAUGAGCGCUACUUUUCCAGUUUUUGUCCAACUAAUUAGGAGAUAAAAGUUGGACAAAACAACAUCUAGUGCAGUAUACUGAAGUCAUUGGGAAAAUAAUUUAGGAAUGAUUAGUUCAUCUCAAAUCCAAAUAAAUAAUAUGUAGGUAUGUUUGAUGAUGAAUAUCGACGUAGUUGCUACUCCAAUUAAUCACCAAUCAAAAAUACUACUAACAGAUUAGUCGUCCUUCCGAAAGCUCGACUUAUAAUCUCGGAUGAUUAUAGAGAUACUGGCUAUGUGCCGAAGAAUAUUUUCUACCCGUAUGUGCAAUUCUUUUUUCGUGGAGAAAUUCAAUCAUAGUGAGUUUGAAUCAAAUUCAAAUGGUACGCUUUUUUAGCUUAAAAAAUAGUCCUGUAUAUGACAUACAACAAAAAUAAGAAUGAACACCACAUGCCAACUAGGUACUACUUGAUUACACGUAAUGUACAUAAGUACGGACCACUAAAGAAUUCAGAAAAUUGUAUAUCAUGCCAUGUGCCUAGAAUUAAUUGGUACAGAUCAGUGAUUCUUACUGUACCUAUUCGAUAAGAAUAAAUGGAAUAUAAGUAGAUUUUGAGUGCAGUCUAUCGACGGUAUCGUGUUCGAAUAACUAGAUGUACAUCAUUGGCGCCAAAAACACGAUAAUGUUUCACGUGAUGUAAAUACGAGUGCUUGUAUGAUGGGUGGUUUGUUAUUUGUAAAAUAAUUAAUGUACUACAUCAGCGAUUUGCUUAUAAAUGUAAAAAUAAACUUUAUCACCAAUAUUCAUUCUAAACAAA